AUGGAAGUGCCUGUUCCUGCUCCCGUUCCCGUUUCCCGGUCCAGGUCUGUGUCCGUGCCCAAUGCCAAGCCAUGUGGAGAGUGUCUGCCUCAGAUAUCAGGUGUCAGGUGUCAGGUGUCCACCAAAGCCAAAGCCAAAGCCAAUUCCACUCUAGUUCCUCCAACCCAAUCGAUCACGAACGCAACAGCCGAUUUCAACCAUCUCCCUCCGAUUUCCUCGCUCCGUCGCCCACUUCACUCCUUCCGAAUCUCUCUUCCCUUCGUUCGGCCCCUCUCUCCCGGCCCUAUUCUCGACCUCUUCCUCGGCGAUGCUCACCUCGCUGUUGUAACAUCCAUCCCUCCCCGUCAUUUCCCGCCCGUGUUGAUCCUACUCGUGGUGUCCUCUUAUCCUACAUUAUUCUGUCUUGUCUCUUGGAUUUCACCAUUCGCUCCCCCGGCGAUGACUUCACCGGCAACGCGCACACUUGCUGCAAGGCCCAUGGUCUUGGGUCUGGCCAGACUGAUCGUCCUCACCUGUUCUCAACUUCCCCUCGCCGCCGGCGCCCCCGGCUCUCUCGACCUACCUUCUCUCCUCCUCUGA